UCGGCCGCAUGAAAAUCGAGCUGUUCGCUGACGUCGUGCCCAAAACGGCGGAGAAUUUCAGGCAGUUUUGUACAGGUGAAUUCAGGAAAGAUGGUGUCCCUAUAGGUUAUAAGGGAAGCACUUUCCACAGGGUAAUAAAGGAUUUCAUGAUCCAAGGAGGUGACUUUGUAAACGGAGAUGGCACCGGUGUAGCCAGUAUAUACCGGGGUCCUUUUGCAGAUGAGAACUUUAAGCUCAAACACUCUGCUCCUGGUCUGCUCUCUAUGGCAAACAGUGGUCCAAGUACCAAUGGCUGUCAGUUUUUCAUUACGUGCUCCAAAUGUGACUGGUUGGAUGGGAAACAUGUCGUGUUUGGCAAAAUCAUCGAUGGGCUGUUGGUCAUGAGAAAAAUUGAAAAUGUGCCUACGGGUCCAAAUAACAAACCAAAGCUGCCAGUUGUGAUCUCUCAGUGUGGGGAAAUGUAAAGCAAUGAAAAGAGAAAUGUGUGCUCCUUUGCUGGUGGUGAGGCCUGUGCCGGCUCUGAGCAGCUCCAGUCCCCCGCUGCCCCAGUCUUCUCUGCAGGCUAGACCCGCGUUCUUGACGUUCUCCUGAAAUUAUUUAAUAAUUGGCAUCUAUCAUGUUUCCUUUUUGUUUUUUAUACGUUGAAAUGUAAAUAAAGCAUUUUGGUAAACGUGUGCAGCACAAGUCAGUUAACGUGCUUGGGAAUGGACUCUUCUGGCUAGCAGGGCUUAUAGCUUCUUUAGCCACGUGCAUUAUCUCUGUUCAGUUCAGUAGGGGACGUUUCUCGUGUGUGGCAUUGAGGGGCGUUGCUGCUGGGCGUUCACGAAAUGGGAAGAAAGGGGUCUGAAGGGGUGAAAGGAGCAUGGCAGAGCUGUGCUACACCAGCUCUUUUCCCACCAGGUAAAUAAGGCUGCCUGGCAGAGAGGUUCGUGGUAUCCCAGCAAUCUUAGAGACCUUUUGCAUUCAGCCUUCUCGAAGCACGAGAAAUAGGUAUGGCGCAAAGGCUUCAGCAGCACGAGCUUGCUGGGCUCUGUAGCGGUAUAGAAAGCCAGAGGUGAGUUAUGUUGUAAACAAGCAUUUGUAAAACCUCCCCAGCAUAUCUCAGUGCUAGGCUGUGGGGAUGAUAUGUUUUAGGGCAUGUCUUUUAGCGGGGAGCACAACAGGUCUUUGGGCUGGGAUCUGGGGAGUGAUUAUGCAGCAGGCGGAGAAAUCUGGGCUCCUUGUUCCCCUUGGUGGCAGGGCUGCAGGCUGGUGGGAAAACUGCCUUCCUCCUCUCAGAGACCAGGGUUGCAAGCUCAUCUCCCUGCUGCGGGAUGAGCUUCGAGGUGAGUUUUCUCAUCUGGCGGAUUAAAUAUAAAGGAGCUUGGACAAAGUCUCUUUUGUCACGUGCAACGGCUUCAGCCCAUCCUGAUUUGCCUCGUCACUCCUUGGGCAGCAGUCUGCUUUAUGGCCUUUGCCUAAGGUGUAUUGUGCGGGAAGGAGCAGUCUGCACACUUGGCUUGUGCGUUGCUUGGGUGUAUUAGAUAGCAGGCAGUAAUGUACCGGAGGACAGAUCCUGCAGGCAAGCUUUGGCGUGCUCUUUUUAUCUCCUGGCUAUUUAAAGUCUUUGGAGCAGGCUCUGGCUGUCAGGAUUUCCAUGUCCCAAUUCCUGGGAUUGCUUGGCUGCAGAGGACGUUUGCCCUCCCUCCUCCCCAGCCCGAGUCAUCUCACCUUCUCCUUCCUGUGGUACAUCAGGGGAUGAAGGAAACAUAAAGCGUGCCAUCCCUUUCCUCCCCAGGCCCAAACAAACGGCUUAGGGCUCUAUCCUAUGAGUUGAGGGUUUGAAAUUCCCCACACGGAGGAGAAGACUGGGCCCAGAUAAUAGCUAUGAGGUAGUGGUGGCUGAAAAGACAUAAACUUACCCGUUGUUCCUGCUCAGGGAACGUGUUCAAACACCCCUUCCCCAUGGGGUUGAGGCACGAGCUUAGCUCCAGGCUGCUCAGGGAGCUCUUUUCGCCAGCUGCAGUGCGGAGGGUCGCAGUUCUGGCUGUGGAUACUCAAAUUCACCGUGCUUUUUCACCAGGGAAACCAGCCUAUUUCUGGGUCCAGGCUCAGCAGUGCUUUCACAGCCUGAUGUAUUUAUAUCGCUGUGAUCAGCUAGUCUCACUUCCCGCAUAGCGCUGGUCACAGGACUUCCCCAAAUUAAUAUCCAGCAGUGGCAAAUCCAUCGCAACCUCUUUGGAAGUUGUUCCAGUGGUUAAUUAUAUCCCCUGUUUACAAUGCAUGUCUGUCUGUGACUCAACGUGUCGAGCUUCAGCUUUCCAGCCUAUGGAUCUUGCUGUUCCUUAUCUGCAGGUUGAAAGCGCUCUCAAAUACCGCCGUUUCAGGUUUAAUUCCCAGUGACAAAGUUGCCCUUCAGCCAUGUCAUGCUAAGCAAAUCCUGGAAUCUCUCGCUGUAGAGCAGAUGUUUCCAUCUUGUGAUCACUCUUCUCUCUCUGAGCUCCAGCAUCUUCCUUGAACUGUGGACAGAGCAGUCCACAGAGCAGUCCGGUUCUUUACUCAUCUGAGGAUCAGAUUAACUUCUCGGUCCUGCAGUGUUGCCCCCCCAAAGACUGCCGUGUCCUGGAGUAAAGUCACUAGCCAUUGGGAAGGCCACGUUUUCUUCUGUAGGUGCAAGGCCCUUGCAUCCUUGCAGGCUUUAUCAUCGGGAUUUGAAAACAUCUUCCCAAUCUUUGAUAAAACUGAUAAAUAACUAACUAAAUAAGAGUCCUUGUAGGGUCUCUUGCCUGGUGGACUCCCAUUUGCCAUUACGUUUUAAGACAUGUUUUUUAAUUGAAUUACUAAGCAUCAUCCUGCUUUGAUAUCUUUCUAGUUUCUUAAUCAGGGUCGUGACACUGAGGCAAAUGC